AUUAUUGUUUGAAACUUUAACUAAGCCUCUUUCAAAACAAAAAAGCAAUUUUAAACUUUCAUUUGAACAAAAUGGCAAAUACAAUGUCUUAUAACAUGAGAAGUCCAGCUGUUAAACGACUUUUGCAAGAAGCUCGUGAAUUACAGCAAGAUAAAUGUAACGAUUAUACUGCUCAACCUCUUGAAGAUAAUCUUUUUGAGUGGCAUUUUGUUAUUCGAGGACCCGAUGGUACUGAAUUUGAAGGUGGAAGAUAUCAUGGACGUAUUCUUUUACCAUCAGAAUACCCGUUCAAACCACCGAAUCUUAUGCUUAUGACACCAAAUGGACGAUUUGAACUCAAUAAGAAAAUCUGUUUGAGUAUUACCGGAUAUCAUCCAGAAUAUUGGUUACCAGCAUGGGGAAUUCGUACCGUACUUUUAGGAUUACUAGGAUUUAUGACAACAAAAUCUAAUGGAGCGAUAGGUGGAAUUGAUUAUACUGAAUCUGAGAGAAAAAUUUUAGCUCAAAGAUCUAGAAAUUGGAAGUGUCCUACUUGUGAGUUGAAUAAUAUUGAGACUUUACCAGAUGAUAAUAACAAUAACAACAAUAACAACAAUAAUAUAGUAAAAAAUGAUCCAGAUAUGCCUCAAUUUUCUUUUGUUUACGAAGAGCAACAAAAGAAUCCGAUCAUUGCAAAUUCUAGUAAAAGUGUUAAUUCAACAGAAAUAAUAAACUCUGAAAAUACCACAUCAUCUGACGAACAGCAACAACAUCAUCAUCAACAACAACAACAACAUCAUCAUCACCAACAUCAUAAUCAAAAUCAACAUCAAAAUCAACAUCAUAAUCCACAACAGCAACAACAAAAUCCAACACUUUCGCAAGUAUCCAUAUACUUUAUUGAUGCAGGAAUUUUCAUACUAGUAUCAAUUGUAAUCGCUUUGUUGACAAGAAAAUUUUCAUGAAUUAUUUUUGAUUUUUAAAUGUAUUUUAUAUAAAUUAUUAUUUAUAAAAAAAAUGUGUACACAAUUAUGAAAUUAUGAAAAUUGUUUCUAUAUCAUCAAAAAGA